AUGGACCAUAGAAUUUUGUAAUUUUUAGUUUACCUCACAUCUAUUGAAAACACUUUAAUAUAAUGUGGGUCUAAUCCAUUACAUUUAUUAGUUUAGCUGAAGGCAGACCUUAGAAACAAAAAUUUUCAAAAUAUUAAAAACUAAAAUACUUCUUUUAUUGAUGCUAAUUUGUUAAGUGUAAUUUGAGUGGAUCUUAAUUCAAUACUGUCAACAUAAGUGGAAUUAAUCUGAAUAGAGCAUAAUUAUUUAAUUGUAAAUGGAGACUUGAACUAAAUAACUUGGAUGGUCAUCGUAAUUGUGUGAAUUCAGUCUCUAUUUCAUCUGAUGGAAAUACAUUAGUUAUGAUAGUUCUAUCCGUCUAUGGGAUGUCAAAACAGGAUAAUAAAAAGCCAAAUUAGAUGGUCAUACUCAUAAUGUCUAUUCAGUCUGUUUCUCUCCUGAUGGAAAUACAUUAGCUUCUGGUAGUAAUGAUAAGUCUAUCCGUCUAUGGGAUGUCAAAACAGGAUAAUAAAAAGCCAAAUUAGAUGGUCAUACUAGUACUGUCUACUCAGUCUGUUUCUCUCCUGAUGGAAAUACAUUAGCUUCUGGUAGUAAUGAUAAGUCUAUCCGUCUAUGGGAUGUCAAAACAGGAUAAUAAAAAGCCAAAUUAGAUGGUCAUACUAGUACUGUCUACUCAGUCUGUUUCUCUCCUGAUGGAAAUACAUUAGCUUCUGGUAGUAAUGAUAAGUCUAUCCGUCUAUGGGAUGUCAAAACAGGAUAAUAAAAAGCCAAAUUAGAUGGUCAUACUAGUACUGUCUACUCAGUCUGUUUCUCUCCUGAUGGAAAUACAUUAGCUUCUGGUAGUAAUGAUAAGUCUAUCCGUCUAUGGGAUGUCAAAACAGGAUAAUAAAAAGCCAAAUUAGAUGGUCAUACUAGUACUGUCUACUCAGUCUGUUUCUCUCCUGAUGGAAAUACAUUAGCUUCUGGUAGUAAUGAUAAGUCUAUCCGUCUAUGGGAUGUCAAAACAGGAUAAUAAAAAGCCAAAUUAGAUGGUCAUACUAGUACUGUCUACUCAGUCUGUUUCUCUCCUGAUGGAAAUACAUUAGCUUCUGGUAGUAAUGAUAAGUCUAUCCGUCUAUGGGAUGUCAAAACAGGAUAAUAAAAAGCCAAAUUAGAUGGUCAUACUAGUACUGUCUACUCAGUCUGUUUCUCUCCUGAUGGAAAUACAUUAGCUUCUGGUAGUAAUGAUAAGUCUAUCCGUCUAUGGGAUGUCAAAACAGGAUAAUAAAAAGCCAAAUUAGAUGGUCAUACUAGUACUGUCUACUCAGUCUGUUUCUCUCCUGAUGGAAAUACAUUAGCUUCUGGUAGUAAUGAUAAGUCUAUCCGUCUAUGGGAUGUCAAAACAGGAUAAUAAAAAGCCAAAUUAGAUGGUCAUACUAGUACUGUCUACUCAGUCUGUUUCUCUCCUGAUGGAAAUACAUUAGCUUCUGGUAGUAAUGAUAAGUCUAUCCGUCUAUGGGAUGUCAAAACAGGAUAAUAAAAAGCCAAAUUAGAUGGUCAUACUAGUACUGUCUACUCAGUCUGUUUCUCUCCUGAUGGAAAUACAUUAGCUUCUGGUAGUAAUGAUAAGUCUAUCCGUCUAUGGGAUGUCAAAACAGGAUAAUAAAAAGCCAAAUUAGAUGGUCAUACUAGUACUGUCUACUCAGUCUGUUUCUCUCCUGAUGGAAAUACAUUAGCUUCUGGUAGUAAUGAUAAGUCUAUCCGUCUAUGGGAUGUCAAAACAGGAUAAUAAAAAGCCAAAUUAGAUGGUCAUACUAAUUAUGUCUACUCAGUCUGUUUCUCUCCUGAUGGAAAUACAUUAGCUUCUGGUAGUAAUGAUAACUCUAUCCGUCUAUGGGAUGUCAAAACAGGAUAAUAAAAAGCCAAAUUAGAUGGUCAUAGUGAUUAUGUUAACUCAGUCUGUUUCUCUCCUGAUGGAAAUACAUUAGCUUCUGGUAGUGAAGAUAACUCUAUCCGUCUAUGGGAUAUCAAAAACAAGUAUUGUUUAGAUUACAAGAUACCCUUUUUUUAACACCCCUUUGCAGUAAAAGAAUAUUAUUUAAAAUUUAGAUACAUCUAAUAUUAUGGUUUACCCAGACUUCAAUUUUUCAAGGUUUAAGAGAGCUUUUUUAUAAAAAACCGUUUCCUUUUAGUUUUAGGAGAAUUGUUGGAGUAACACUUGAUUAAUUUAAAAACUAACCUAUAUUAGCCCUUAAUUUAAAACUAUUUUAAUAUACUUCUUGUGUCCGAUAUUGGUUGAAAGAGUUCUAUUUUAUAGUUUUUUUUCUUUUUUAACAAUCUUGA